AUGACUUCCUCCGACGUCCGCGAUGUCCUCAACCUGCCCGACGGGUCUUCUGGUCCCCGGCCAGCCAAGAAGCAAAAGUUCUCGGCCCCGAGGCCGAACCUCAAGGGCCUCGCGCGCGAGGUUCACAACCUGGGCGGCGACAACCCCAUCGCCAUCGUCCCCGAGGUCACACACUUCAAGAAGCGGCGCUUCGCGAGCCGUAAGCCCGCUGCGCGAUGGGAGAUGCGGCCAUUUAAGAACUCGGCGCGCGGAUCCUCAGACCUGACACUGCGACACUGGAGGAGGAAGGACGACAAGCCAGAGGGCGAUUCUCAAGAUGGACAGGGUGCCGAGGGGGACAGGACGGAUCAAACCAAGGAGAUGGAAGAUUCCGCAUUCGCAAAGUACAAUGUGCAGGUAUCGGUGCCCCAAUACAGCGACGGCCAAUACCAGCAGUCACUGCAACAUGGAGAUUGGACCAAGGAGGAGACGGAUUAUCUGCUCGAGCUGGCACGCGACUUUGACCUUCGAUGGCCAUUGAUCUGGGAUCGAUACGAGUGGAAUCCUCCCGCAACCAAUGGAGAAGCCAACGCUGACGGCGAUGAGAGCAAGGCUAUCGUGCCGGCCACACGCUCACGUACCUUGGAAGACCUCAAGGCCAGGUACUACGAGGUUGCCUCGAAAAUGAUGGCGGCCCAGAAGCCCGUCCAGUACAUGACACAACCCGAGUUUGCACUCCACGAGCUUAUGGCCCACUUCAACCCGCAACAGGAGAGACUACGGAAGGAGUUCGCUCUCAACGCCCUGACACGAUCUCGCGAGGAAGCCCGGGAGGAGGAGUCGCUCUUGUUGGAGAUCAAGCGCAUAUUGGCACGUAGUGAGCGUUUCAACGACGAACGCCGCGAGUUGUACCACCGCCUCGAUUAUCCCCGUGCCGACACCGACAUCAACGCCUUCAAAUCAUCCGCUGGUUUGCAGAAUCUACUACAGAAUCUCAUGAGCGCCGACAAGUCAAAGAAACGAAAGUCACUGAUGCCCGGCGACGGUGCCAGCCCUGCGCCCCCACAAACUGCAGCAGCAGCAGCCGCGGCCGCGGCGGCCGCCGCUACCCAGGAAUCUGGUAGACGGGAGAGCACGGCGGCAUCUACUGGCCAUCGCGAGUCUAUUGGACCUACACCUACGCCCACUGCUCCCAAUAACAAGAAGGGUCAGCAACAACAACAAGAACGCCGCAAACUUACAAGCCAAGAAGAGGUGCUGUAUGGUGUCACGCACCAUGAUCGACUUGGCUCUGGGCCGACGUUCCGGACAGAGAGGAUCAACAAGCUGUUCUCUCACAAGUCGAACCAGCAACAGAUGCGCAUCACCAAUGUGCUCAACGAACUGGACGUGCCUAGCAAGCUCGCCAUGCCCACGGCAGCGACGACGCAUCAGUACGAGAUGCUUCUUGGAGCUGUCAACAGUCUGCUCGAUGCUCGUAAGGUUUCGGAUAAGAUCGACGCCGAGAUCAAGGUCGAGCAGGCAAAGAAGGCAGAGCGGGAAAAGGCCAUGGCACCCCCCGAGCCGGAACCGGAAUCAGAAAAGGAGAAGGCCGAAGAGAAGAAGGACGAGGAUGAUGCCGGAAAGGCAGCUGCAGCGAAAAGUGACGCUGCAGAUAAACCCAACGGCGAAGACGUCAGAUCUGAAACACCCACCAGCAACGAAAAGAAGGACUCUGCAGAAGCAGCUGCCCCCACGACUAAAGGCCCGGAGGCCUCGACCAAGGAUGCAAAUGAAGCCGACAAGGACGACCGUCCAGGUAGCAGCGGUGCCCCGCAGAAACGCAGUGCGAGUGUUUUGAGCGGUACAAGUGACAAGAGCGCCAAACGACAGAAGAAGUAG